UUCGCUGUGGCGUGAUCAGAUGACACGGUCACGCGUAGGUUGCCGGAGCUAAAAAAAACAGCAAAACAAACCAAACGUGCAAUAGUUUGGCUUUUAAAAUAAUCACCGCGGGACACCUUUACUCCACCACGCUCAGCCCGAAGGACAUGUCCCAGUGAGCAGUCGUUUCUGACAAAUCACCAGAAUGUCAGGGAACAAUCUGGUUCUACCCAUUGUUUUAUGGGGCCGCACGGCUCCCACACACUGCAUCAGCAGCCUGCUGGUGAUGGACAACUUCAACACCAUUAUCACUGGCUGCCAUGAUGGACAGAUCUGCCUGUGGGACAUGACGCCCGAGCUGGAGAUUUGUCCCAGGGCCAUGCUGUUUGGGCACACGGCCUCCAUCACCUGUCUGUCCAAAGCCAGCGCCUGCAGCGAUAAGCAGUACAUUGUCAGCGCAUCAGAGAGCGGUGAGAUGUGUUUGUGGGAUGUCAAUGAUGGUCGCUGCAUUGAAUUCACCAAACUUGCUUGCGCUCACACUGGAAUACAGUUCUAUCAGUUCACCAUCGGCACUCAGCGAGAGGGUCGUCUGCUCUGUCACGGCCAUUACCCGGAGAUUCUCGUGGUGGACGCCACAAGCCUGGAAGUUCUCUAUUCGCUGGUGUCCAAGAUCUCCCCUGACUGGAUCAGCUCCAUGAGCAUUAUCCGAUCGCACCGCACACAAGAGGACACGGUCGUGGCGGUGUCAGUGACGGGGAUCCUAAAAGUCUGGAUCAUCACGGCUGAAGUUGACAGAAUGCAGGACCUGGAUCCAGUUUUUGAAGAGGAGUCCAAACCUAUCUACUGUCAGGGCUGCCAGAGUAUUUCCUUCUGUACGUUCACUCAGAGCAGCCUGUUGGUGGUUUGCUCCAAGUUCUGGAGAGUUUUUGACGCAGGCGAUUAUUCGUUGCUGUGCUCUGUGCCUAUUGACAAUGACAAGGCCUGGGCUGGAGGAGAGUUCAUUGCAGCAGACAAAGUCAUCAUCUGGACUGAGGAUGGUUGCAGUUACAUCUACAACCUACCUGCCAGUUGUCUUCCUGCAAGUGUACAUUUCCGAAGUGAUGUUGGGAAAAAAGAAGGCUCAAUACCGCCGCUGAUCUACAGCAUGGAGAACCUAACCGACAAACAGCUCCUCAUCUGUCCUCCUGUGACUCGCUUCUUUUUUGGUCGACGAGAGCCCUUCCACAAGCUGCUUAUUCAGGGAGAUUCCGCAGGCAAACUGUCACUGUGGAACAUCCCAGAUGCCUCGCCUCCACAGCAACUGUCCACUCCUGCAGACCUGCAGGUGUCAUUCACCAUCAGUCUGCAAGCGGCAUUUGAUAAGUUGACUCCGACGUCUUCUGGAAUCAUUGACCAGCUAAGUGUCUUGCCUGGCAAGGAGGAACCCAUUAAGGUGACAGCCAGCGUCUACAUCCCCUCCCAGGGUCGACUGGUGUGCGGAAGAGAAGAUGGCAGCAUCAUUCUGGUUCCUGCUACUCAGACCGCAAUCGUUCAGUUGCUUCAGGGAGAACACAUGCUUAGAAGAGGAUGGCCACCGCACCGCACACUGCGAGGUCACAGGAACAAGGUGACAUGCGUCCUGUAUCCGUACCAGGUCUCUCCUCGGUACGACCAGCGCUCUCUGGUGUCCGGAGGGGUGGACUUCUCUGUCAUCGUCUGGGAUAUUUUCACUGGAGAGAUGAAGCACAUUUUCUGCGUUCACGGAGGAGAGAUCACCCAGCUCAUUGUCCCACCAGAAAACUGCAGCACUCGAGUGCAGCACUGCGUCUGCUCUGUGGCCAGUGACCACUCUGUUGGCCUGCUCAGUCUCCGGGAAAGGAAGUGCAUUAUGUUAGCAUCGCGCCAUCUCUUCCCGAUCCAAGUUAUCAAAUGGCGUCCAGCAGACGACUACCUGGUGGUUGGAUGCUCUGAUGGCUCUGUUUACGUCUGGCAGAUGGAUACAGGGGCCUUGGACCGUUGUGUGAUGGGUAUAACUGCUGUAGAGAUACUUAACGCCUGUGAUGAGCUGGCUCCAGCCACUGUGGACACCUUAAGCCACUCAGCAGUGAACCUAAAGCAGGCCAUGACUCGCCGGAGCCUGGCGGCACUGAAGAACAUGGCUCAGCACAAACUGCAAACACUUGCCACCAACCUGCUGGCAGCUGACAACGCUGACAAGGGCAACCUGCCAAAAUACUCCCACAAUGCACUGGUAGUCCAGGCAAUGAAGACCAACCUCACAGACCCCGACAUGCAUGUGCUGUUCUUUGACGUGGAAGCGGUGAUCAUCCAGCUGCUGACAGAAGAAGCUCAGAGACCAAACCCUAUGCUGGUGUCCCCUGAGACCUUGCAGAAGAGCCAGGCCGGGGCUGACAAGGGAGGCUCUUUCUUGGCCAACAAGAUUUUCAAGCAGGUUAAGGAGACGAUGAAGGAGACGAUCAAAGAGCACCUGCUGGACGAAGAUGAGGAAGAGGAGGAGGAAAUGAGGAGGCGUGAGGAGAAGUCAAAGUCACUGAGUCUCCUGGAGUACAAUCUGACAAUGGACACGGCCAAACUCUUCAUGUCCUGCCUGCACGCCUGGGGCCUCAACGAGCACCUGGACGGCAUCUGUCUGGAGCGACUGGGCAUGCUCAGACCGCACUGCCCCAUCUCCUUCGGCCUGAUCUCCAGGGGAGGUCACAUGUCCCUCAUGCUGCCUACCUUUAAGGAGUCUCUACUGCGACAGUUGUCCUUUGCAACAGGCCGGAAGCUGACCCUUUCAGACAUCGUUGGCAAGGGGACUUACGGCGUGUCAAGGGCGGUUACCACGCAACACCUCCUGUCCGUCAUCUCUCUGGCCAACACUCUGAUGGGCAUGACCAACGCCACCUUUGUCGGGGAGCACAUGAAGAAGGCACCAGCAAGGCCUCCCAGACCAGGAGGAACCCCGGAGUCUCCUCGUAGGACGCCGGCCACUCCCCCUCAGCCCUCCAACCCAGCAGUACAAGCCCAGAUCAAACAAGGUUGGAGCCAGCUGGCAGCAAUGCACUGUGUUAUGCUCCCUGACCUUCUGGGCCUAGAUAAGUUCCGACCCCCUUUACUAGAGAUGCUGGCAAGGAGAUGGCAGGACCGUUGUCUGGAGGUACGGGAAGCAUCCCAAGCUUUACUGUUGGCUGAGUUGAGAAGGAUCGGUCAAUCGGGGCGUAAGGACACUAUUGAUAUGUGGGCUCCUUAUCUUCCUCAAUAUGUGGACACAGUCAGCUCCCCUGGGACAGCCACUGAACCCUCAACUCCAGCCCUUCCCCCUGCUGAAGCUCAACCACCGGAGGCCAAGGCUCCCGAGGAGGAAAUGGACGUCACGGAUGAUGACAUCACUGCAGGCUGUCUCUCUAACCUUCCACCAAAUGCCAAGAAGAUUUCCAAUUCGUAUGAGGAGCGCCGGAAACAAGCCACUGCCAUUGUGCUUCUGGGGGUCAUUGGGGCCGAGUUUGGGGCUGAGAUUGAACCACCGAAGGGUGCAGCACGGACUCGAGCCGGAGGGCAGGUCCCUGAAGGCUUUGGACCAACAAGCGGUGGAUCUUCAAACUACUCCCUGGCCAGACACACAUGCAAGGCUCUGACCUUCCUGUUGCUGCAGCCGCCGAGCCCAAAGCUGCCGCCCCACAGCACCAUCCGCCGCACUGCCAUCGAUCUGAUCGGCCGAGGAUUUACCGUGUGGGAGCCGUACAUGGACGUGUCGGCAGUGCUCAUGGGACUGCUGGAGCUCUGUGCUGAUGCUGAAAAGCAGCUGGCCAAUAUCACCAUGGGUUUGCCACUCAACCCGCCGGCAGAUUCAGCUCGCUCCGCCCGACAUGCCCUCUCUCUUAUCGCAACCGCCCGGCCCCCUGCCUUCAUCACCACCAUUGCAAGAGAGGUGCAUCGUUUCAAUGCCGCCCAGGCGAAUUCUCAGUCGCAGCAGAACGUUCACACCACCACUCUGGCUCGAGCCAAGACUGAAAUACUGAGAGUGAUUGACAUCCUGGUCGAGAAGAUGCCUGGAGAUGUUGUAGACUUGCUUGUUGAGGUGAUGGAUAUCAUCAUGUACUGUAUUGAAGGUUCUCUGGUGAAGAAGAAAGGACUUCAAGAGUGUUUUCCUGCUAUCUGCAAGUUCUACAUGGUUGGUUACUGUGACCGCAGUCACCGGAUUGCUGUCGGAGCUCGCCAAGGUUCUGUGGCCCUCUAUGAUGUUCGCACUGGAAAAUGCCAGAAUAUCCACGGUCACAAGGGUCCAAUCACAGCGGUGUCAUUCGCCCCUGAUGGCCGUUACCUAGCAACGUACUCCAACGCUGACAGCCACAUCUCAUUUUGGCAGAUGAACACCAGUCUGCUGGGCAGCAUUGGGAUGUUGAACUCGGCCCCCCAGCUGCGCUGCAUUAAGACCUACCAGGUCCCGCCGGUCCAACCGGCGUCCCCCGGAUCCCAGAACCACUUGAAACUGGCCCGCCUCAUUUGGACUUCCAACCGGAACGUCAUCCUGAUGGCUCACGACGGCAAGGAGCACCGCUUCAUGGUGUAAAAACCACACGGGUACUUUUACUUCACAACAUGGGUUAGUUAGUGUGACGGUCGACAACAACAAAAAACAUUUUAUUGGGGAACGAUCUAGAAUCUUGAAGACAGGAAGUAAGAACCCAUCCUUAGUAGGUUUACAUAUGUUUUAUCUCCCAAUUACUGAAUUUGUAAUAUAAGUUACAUUUAGUAUUAUGUAAUGUAGUUAUUUAUCUGGUCAUUCCAAAUUAUUAUUUGUUUUAGUUUUCACUUCAUUCCUAUUUAUUUGAUGCUCGCCCUUUAUUAUGAUGACACAAUAAGUUUGCGUAGCCAUGAAGAAUUUUACGACAGUAUUUUACUUUACUUUUAUUAUUGCUGGAAUAAAUGAUUUUUUUUUCUCCACGUUUGUGAGUGCGCCCCAUCAGGCUUACUUCCAUACUCACCCGAGUCAUCAGCCAUUCAUUCCCUGCCUCCGUGAGACUGAUCGGAUAAAGUGGUCAUCUUGUGACUUGAAAAUCGCAGUUUUAUUCUGAAAUAUUAAACGACGGAACUUCAGUUGCUUUUGGUUGCUAACUUACCGAACCCAGCGUAAAUAAGGCAACAUUACCAUUAAUCAACAUCCAAGUGCAUGCUACAAAACAUCGUCGGUUUCUUUCCGCAUUAAAGCAUCUUUAGAGUUGUAAAAACAGAGUAAGACUGCAAUAUUAAAAAAAUCUUUAGACCGCGGUACAUUAAAACCAAACAAGCACGUUAAUUGGUAGGAUGAGUUUCAGUCUGUUAAAUAUUGCUAGAUCUUGCACGGUGUUGUUGUUAAAGUCUCUCGGUAUGCUUGACUUCCUGUUGUAAUCACCGACAUUCCGUUUGAAUGCAACCACAGGUACUCAUUUAACUCCGAUUUAACAGUAAAAUCUCAUUUAUUAUUGAUAAGGAGCUACUUUGUCAGUAAUUAUUGCAUUUUACAAAGCAAAAUGGCUCUAUAGGGAGAACAGUUGGUUGUCAUAUUCAUGAUGUGGAACAUUUAUCAAAAUUAGUAGAGAUGUCCGAUAUUAUCGGCUGAUAAAUACUUUAAAAUGUAAUAUCGGAAAUGAACGAUAUCGGUUUCAAAAAGUAAAAUUUACGACUUUUUAAAACGCCGUUGUGUACACGGACGUAGGGAGAAGUACAGAGCGCCAACACUGCCUUUGCGUUCAGGCCCAGUCACAUAAUAUCUACGGCUUUUCACACACACAAGUGAAUGCAAGGCAUACUUCAUCAACAGCCAUACAGGUCACACUGAGUGUGGCCGCAUAAACAACUUUAAUACUGUUACAAAUAUGCGCCACACUGUGAACUGUUGCGUCGACCAGCUCUUCCUCCCAGGGAAUUAAAGUCACUGGUCAAUCUCAAGUUCUUUCGCUGACAUAUAUGCUGAGUAAGAAGGACCAUCAAGACAGAAUAGGAAUAUUAUCAAGUUUUACUAAAGCUUCAGGAGAACAGCCCAGACCAAUACAUUCAUACUGGCUUCUCAAGUUGUUCUAACACUCAAACGGAAGAGCCAACUUCUUGCACACGAAGAAAACCCCCACCUGUCCGGAAAGGAACGCAGCCUCAUUGUUCUACUACAGAUAAGACAAAAGGGAGUAUUCCAUCUCCUACAGUGCAAGCCCUCAAGGUAACACACACAGUUUACUUGCGGACAUAAAAGAAAAAAUAGAUAGAGUACAAAUGGAAAAACAUUAGCUGAUUUAAACAUGACUAUGAGUACAGAAAGAACUCUUAAACAUAUAUGCCCACCUCAACCUCCUAAUGCUCGCUCAGGGAGAGCAUGUCCCAAAUUCCAAGCUGCUGUUUUGAGGCAUGUUAAAAAAAAAUAAUGCACUUUGUUGGCUUUUUUUUUUUCCAUAAUUUGAGUUGAUUUAUUUUGGAAAACCUUGUUACAUUGUUUAAUGCAUCCAGCGGGGCAUCACAACAAAAUUAGGCAUAAUAAUGUGUUAAUUCCACGACUGUAUAUAUCGGUAUCGGUUGAUAUCGGAAUCGGUAAUUAAGAGUUGGACAAUAUCGGAAUAUCGGGAAAAAAAAGCCAUUAUCGGACAUCUCUAGCUUCAAUUUAUUAGCUUUAAUGAUGAGCAACCCGCACCAGAGUAAAAAGUGUGACAACCAAGUGUGUUUUCUCCCACUUUGAGUCAUCUUGCAGCGUACAAAGCGUCAACAUGAUGGCUACCAAUCCUAAAAAUAUCACAAUACGCCACCAGGGUCAUGCAUCCCAGGGAAAAUGAUAAUAUGGACAUCUAUGAAUUAUGACUAAACAUUCUUUACAUGCCAUGAGGUCACUUAAACGCAGCUGAAAUGUGUUUGAUUAACGCUCACUUUAAUGUAACACCGACACUUGUGUUUCGUAUGCAAUGACAUCAUUAUUGGCUUGUAAAUGGACCUUUUUGCUUCACAAUGUUUAUGCACAGAGAGAAAUAUAUUCACCCGUAUGUACAUACAAAUAUAUUCAUGGAAUGAUGAGUUUAUGUCGGUUUUUAAUUGUAAUCUUGUUUAGGAAGUCAAGUUAGUUUUAGAAUAGGGCUGUCAAAAGUUAAAGGGGAACUGCACUUUUUUUUUUUUUUAUGCAUUCUAACUGCGAGCAAAAGUCCUCAAUGGAGCCCAUAAGAGUCGCUCUAUUCUGCCUAUAAAGCCUUUAAAAACGCAUCCAAACACUUCCAACAACGUUUUAUAUAGACGCUGUGAGUAUAUAAAAAAGUUAAAGUACCAAUGAUUGUCACACACACACUAUAUGUAAUGUAGUUACAGGCACAUUCAUUAUAACAUGUAAUAUUUACCUAUUUUGCUCAUUUUAAGCAUAUGGCGGCGCAUUAAUAAAAAUAAAAAAACGCAUCACGGCGUUCGCUUUUUCCUUCGACAACACCACUGAUUAUUACUCACUAAAGACUUCAUGAGAGACAACAAACAAAAUAAAAUAUCACUUACUUUACAAUGUCUGCUGUCAGUGGAAUGCCGACUGAUGGGUUGAUGAUAUAUACCGUAUUUUUCGGACUAUAAGUCGCAGUUUUUUUCAUAGUUUGGCCGGGCUCCAGUGCGAUUUAUAUAUGUUUUUUUCCUUCUUUAUUAUGCAUUUUCGGCAGGUGCGACUUAUACUCCG